GGCGGAGUCGAGCGGCGGACCCAACAAGUCGGGCGCCGGGGAGGCUCAGGUGUUCCUGGAGGAGCGCCCCGCUUCGCUGCUCUCUCUCCUUCUCUCCCUCCGACGCCCGAGCCAUGCUGCCCGCCGCCAUCCGGAGGUGGCUCCACAAGCCCAAGCGUUCUGAUCCCAGACUGUUGUCACAGUUUUUCUAUGCUGACGAGCGAGUGACUCAAGUAGUAACAGAAAUCAACUGCCUGGAUGUCGAGACAGAUCCUCAACAAUACCUUGCACUACUAAACCAGUUGCACCUUAGUCAGGCUGAGCUGCUGUCCAUUAUAGAACAGAUUAUGGACGAGUGCAUCCCCAGAGAACGUCAUGGUCGUGACUAUGUCAUUAAAUUCCCUGAAGAUCUUCUGGUAGACAACCUCCGUAAUCACAUGCUAUUUGCUGCUGAGUGUCUGAUGGCACGCACCUAUAUUGAUGUGGAUGAGGCAGAUGGAGUACGAUUACGACCGCUAGCCAAAGAUCUCCUGUGCAGCUUAGAGUUGGUGCGGGUGGUCCUUCGGGAGCAAAGCCUGAACCAACUAGGACCUUAUUCAGAACCUAUCCGGAGAGCACUGAUUCGCUUUGAUAUGCUCUUUGCUGAAUUUGAGCUAAGCUACGUUUCAUCUUUAGUCUCAGUGAAAUCGCCUGAAGAGAUCUAUAGGCAGCAGGAGAUCGUUGUACUCUUCUGUGAAACUGUGGCCAGAGCUUUGAAACUUGGUCAUUUGACUCAGGAUAUGAUUGAUGGGUAUGAACCACAGCUGAUGUUCACCAUUCCCCGCCUGGCCAUCAUUAGUGGUCUGCUGAUUUAUCCAGAUGGACCCCUCAACUUGGAGAGGAGGCCUGAGGAGAUAUCUAGAGUGUUCAGUCCAUUUUAUGUCUUGCUUAGAAAAAUCAGGGAUCUGCUGCGUGUUUUGUCCAAGGAAGAGCUCUACAAGCUGGAAAAACGUGUGCUGAAUGAGAAUGCUGCAGAUUCACAGCCCUUCAGUGACAAAGACUCUCAUGACUCCAGAGAUCUUGCAACUCGACACAGUUGCCCACCUGCCCCAAGGCAUCUUGGGCAAGAGGCUACUAGCAUCCCAGUAGGAGUGAUCACAGGAGUUCCACAGAGCACCCGGAGGAUGGAGCUGCGAGCCCGCUACAGCAAUACAGAGGACAUGAUUCACACGCUGUUUGUCUGCAUCUCUGGAGUGGCAGACCAGCUCCAGACGAACUUUGCAAGUGACCUGCGUGCCAUUCUGAAGAGUGUGUUCAAAAUUGUGACAUCCCGAACAGAGGAACUGGUGGUGACUGACACUGGCCAGACAGAGAGAUGCGUGGUGCCAACAGAUUCUCAAACACAAAACUGUGCUCUCUGUUCCAAUAGCAGAGAAGGCAAUGGCAGAGAAGGUGCUUUGGGGCCACCAGAAUGGGUGCCAGACAGUACUUGCAGCCACUGUAUGGCCUGCCGUCAACCUUUCACAUUUCUUCGGCGACGCCAUCAUUGCCGGAGUUGUGGAAAGAUUUUUUGCUCUCGUUGCUCGUCACACCUGGCACCUCUGCCCCACUUCAGGCAACUGAAACCAGUCCGCGUGUGUACACACUGCUACACCACCCACUUGCCUUCUAGCAGCAAAAAUAUGAAUGGUUCAUGAGCAGUAGCUUGCACAAUGUGACUUCAUCAAAACACCACUUGUGCCUGAGAAAACAACAGAUAAUACUGGAAAGUGGCAGCCGCCUGUAUCACCUACAGAGGAGCAACCACACUUUACUAGGAUCCUCGUGGGAGCACUUCGGAACCCAUUUGGUGGACAGGGUUUGGGGUGAAGGGGAAUUCCAAGAUUUAAUCUCUCCUGUUUGAUGCAAAGGACUCUCUGGGACUUGUUUUGGCUUGAGCUAAAAUGAACUACAGAUGUCUGGGCAAAAUCUUCAACAUCCCAACGAAAGCUUCUCCCGGUCUCCAUUAUUCUUCAUCAGGAUGGAAAGAACUCUGACCUUUAUAAAGAUUGCCAGGUAUUGGCUUCUGGUGGAGAAUUGUUAAUCUCCUGUCCUACAGUUUGUUUUUGAGAAACCUGUGAGGGUUGCAUUACCAGAUCUUGGUAUAUGUGCAGUAAGGGCUUUAAAGGUGCCUUUGGCUAGAACUGAAGAGAUUGCCCAGAAAUAGAGCCUUGGGAAUGAUAGCCAUAGCUAUUUGCCUACCAGCUUAGGAUACAGCUAAGAGAUGCAGAAGUCUUCAUGCACAGUGUGCUUUCUGUAGAACCCACCUACUACAGGGUUGUGUGGAAGACACUUUGGAAACUUCUGUGAGACUCAUAAUUUUUGUAACCAAAUUAAAUUGGUUAUUUUCCUAAAUACUUGAAUAAAUGCUGUUAUUAUAUCUGACCUGUCUUCUCUGGGUUCACAAUACCUGCACUUGUUGCAUUGUUACACUGGGAGUUCACAGAGGGAACCUGCUCUGAACUCUUCUCCAGGAAGACUAUAAAACUUGUUGCUUUUCCUCUUCUGCCAUAUCGCCUAAGUGUCUCUGGGUGUGGUUUAAUUGGCUGCAGCAUUUGCCUUUGAUCUAACUUAAAACAGUAGGCCGCACUGGAAAUGUGAGCCAGUACAGGUUGGUUAUCCUUCAUUCAAAAUGCUCUGAGCCAGGAGUGUUUUGCAUUUGGGAUCUCUUUAUAUUUUGGAGUACUUGCAUAAAGAUGGUCUCUAAAGACAAAUUUUAUUUAUGUUUCCUAUCUAUCUAUCUGUCUGUCUAUCUAGCCUGAAAAUGACUUCAUACAAUGUUUUAAAUAAUUUUGUGUAUAAAGUAAAGUUUGUGUACAUUGAACUGUCAGAAAGCAAGGGUGUCGCUAUCUCAGCCAUCCAAAAGGACAAUUUAGAAUUUUAAAAUAUUUAGAAUUUUGGAAAUUUGGAUAAGGAAUACUCAACCUGCAGUAAUGUAUUCAUUUAGUGAAUGCUUCUAAAGCAGCACAGAGGUAUACACUUUUAACACAAAGAUGUUAACACCUGUGUUAUCUUAGCAUCAAGAAAGUACUAGGUUUUUCAUUCCAAAGCUGAUAUUGCUUUUGUUAGAUGAAGAAUAACAUUUAGAGCAUUCUAAAAUAUGGUGGGCCCACUGUGCUGUGGAGAUGCUCUGCAACUUCAUUAGCCACCACAAAAAAGGAAUGAAAGAGCUGUGUGGAAUUCAUGUCAUUUAGGCCUAGUUUAACAAAUUUGUCCCUUGGUGGUUGUUUCUUGUGUACCUUCAAGUCAUUUCCAAUUUAUGGUGACUCUUAGGUGAACCCAUCACAGGCAGGAUUUCUUUGUUCUUACCUCCCUCUAAAGCUGAGAGAAUGGCACCUGCCAAAAAUUAGGGUACCUAGUAGGUUUUUAAGGCCAAGCAGGGAUUCAAACCCUUGCCUCCAAUGUUUUAAUCAAAUCUUUAAAACAUUACACGUGGCUCACCCCUCAUUUAGUGCUCUAAUUCCUCAGGAAUACGUAUUUUUCAGUACUGUACACAAAUAUCUUGCCUAAAAACUUCAGCCUGUGUUUGCAGCUAUUGAGCACACCACAAGAUACAGAAAUGAACAGACUGACAAAGAACAUGAAAUAUACGUUAGCUUAAGGUCAGACUGUUUGAAUAUAUGCUACAUAGUAAGUAUAUAUACUUACUAUAUAGCAUACAUUCAUAUAUGUUGAAACGCUGCAGUGACAAGACAGGGGAUGAUUUCUUUUAGGUGGAAUAGGAAUUGAGGAAGCAACAAACUUUGGGGAUUUGGCCAUUCCACAUAAAGGGCUAUGAAGUUGGGCAUUACAUGUUUGAAUCAGAAAGGCAUGCCCGUGAGCUAGUCAGAGACACUUGUAUUAUUUCAGUCCUAAAAAGCAUUUUCCACAUAGAGACAUGGUGAUGCCUUAGGGGAGAGUAGUAAACUUAUAGCAUUCCAGACCUUAAUAGACCACAACACAGCUUUCUUCACCAUUAGCAUGCUGGUUAGGACUGAUAGGAAUUGCAAUUCAGCAUAUGGAGGCUUUCAUAAUUCUCACUCCUGGCUUAGCAUUAGAGAUACUACAGAGGUUUUCAUUUUAAUUGGCUUGACAAUAGGAGCCAUAAAAGUACUCUGGUUGUUUAGUGCUUUUUUCUGAACACGCAGGUUGAAUACCAACCUAGGGCUAUUCAAGACCCCAAACAUGAACAAACAUGUUUUGAUUGGGUGUGCGAUUGGAGGAAAAGAGCAGGAGCCAUAGUAAUAAUGUCUCUUGGACAGCAAGUAAUGAGCUAAUAUGAAAGAUACAGUAGUUGAAGCAAUAGGCUAGGCACCGAUGGCUGCAAGGCUCUCAGAAGGGACAGGGAGACCCAGUGAGUAGUAUCAGGGAAUGGUGUGACCUUAGAUCCGAUAGUAGUGCCUCCAACUUCAUUGUGAAGAGACUACAUUGUACGGAGCAGUAAUAGUGAGGGUCUGUCUCAAACUUGUCAAUAUCCAGGGCCACUGCAGACAAGACUUACCAUUGCAGUUUCCCCUAAAACUAAGCACGGUGAUAGAAAUAUUAAGCAUGGACGUAAUAUUCUAAGGCCAUCACAGUUUAAAAGUCACAAUUUAUGAGAUAACUCUAUCACUGUUCAUUAACUCUGUCAGGCAUGAUGUUAACAUCAGACAAACAGUUUUUCUGUUGGGUUCAGCUGUUUGACACAUCCAACAAGACAGGGCCAGGCUUUAGCACAGCAGGUUAAUCACCAAGCUGCAAUAAAUCUUGCCAGUUGGAAAGUUGAGAGUUUGAAGCCUGGGCCAGAGUGAGCUCCUGGCCUUUAGCCCAACUUCUGCCUACCUAGCAAUUCGAAAACAAAUGUGAGUAGAUAAAUAGGAACCACAUUAAAGCGGGGAAGUAUUUAGGCUUUGCAUUUUGAUCAGGAAAAGGAGGAAGUUUACGAACAAAGCUAUUUGGUAGGGAGCAACAAUGCUAUUUGGCAAUGGAGCAACAGCACCCCCAAAUGGCCGGAACCAAGCACAGCCUACAAAAGAUGCCGAAAGAUUGGAAAUCCUAUAUAUACCUCUACCUAUUGUCUGUCUUGUUAUUGUUAUAAUCUGCAAUAAAUGUUUGCCUUUUAUGUGUUCUGUGAUUUGCUCUCAGUCCCCUUCGGGGUGAGAAGGGCAGAAUAUAAAUAUUGUAAAUAAAUAAAAAAUAUAUAUUUGGAUACUCA